AGGAGAGUAAAAUGUGUUUGACAGGAAUCUGAAAGAGAGAAGGGGGCGGAGGCGCAUGAGUGGAAAUCCGCACCUUCGGUAGAUCGCCAUCACUUUUUUCCUCCAUCGUCAAUAUCCCGUCUCGUGCGGUGCAUGAGGCGAAUCUCGUGUUAUUUAGAGAAUCAGCAACAGGGCACGGAAUGCCUUUGAGUCCAUCAACCCCACGAUCGGGGAGCUCCCGCUACUAGCCCCGCGCACCGCAACGCGGAAAGUAUCCGAAAAGGAGAAUGCGAAUGGUUAGAGAGGACAGGAUUCAAUUAAUAUGGAAACGAUGUAGCUUCACCGCCGCAUUGCAUAUAGCUUGGAGAAAUAGGUUAGUAAGUAGAUAGCUAAAUAGGGCGCGUUUUUCCGUCAUACAUGCAAAGUUACUCAUCAUCGAGCGCAACUAGCCUGUAGUUGGCUCAAACACAAGGGACCCUUGAACGACGGUAUCUUCAGAGACAAAAGAAGACACAUAAAAUCGAUAUGUUACGGAGGAGGCUGAACCGCUUGUGUGGAGGGGAUGAGAAGAGAGUGGACAGCAGGACAAUCUAUAUAGGACAUCGGUCGGGUCCGGGUACCGAGGCCUUCAUUCCCACCAAAUUCUGUGACAACAGGAUCGUGUCCUCCAAGUACACCGUGUGGAACUUCCUGCCAAAGAACCUAUUCGAGCAGUUUAGAAGAAUCGCAAAUUUUUACUUCCUCAUCAUAUUCUUGGUGCAGGUGAUUGUUGAUACCCCGACCAGCCCUGUGACCAGUGGCUUACCUCUGUUUUUUGUCAUCACAGUGACAGCCAUUAAACAGGGUUAUGAAGACUGGUUGCGACAUAAGGCAGACUAUGAGGUGAACAAGUACCCGGUUAUAGUGUUAGAAGACGGACGGUCGGUGAAGAAGGAGAGCGAGAAAAUCAAGGUGGGUGAUGUGGUGGAGGUCGGGGACGAGACCUUUCCCUGUGACCUGAUUCUGUUACAGUCUACUCGAGAAGACGACACUUGUUUUGUCACCACAGCGAGCCUGGAUGGAGAAUCCAACCAUAAAACUCACUACACAGUUCCAGACACGGAGAGAGAGCUGCAAGAUCUCAAUGCCACCAUCGAGUGUGAACAGCCCCAGCCUGACCUCUACAAGUUUGUGGGACGAAUGCACAUUUACAAGCCAGAACAGGAGCCAGCAGUAAGAUCUUUGGGCCCAGAGAACCUUCUCUUAAAAGGUGCUACGUUAAAAAACACCAAGAAGAUUUAUGGUGUUGCAGUAUACACAGGAAUGGAGACGAAGAUGGCGCUAAACUACCAAGGCAAAUCUCAGAAACGUUCAGCUGUGGAAAAAUCCAUCAAUGGAUUUCUGCUGGUGUAUUUAUGUAUCCUCAUCAGUAAAGCAGUAGUUUGCACUACGCUGAAGUACGUAUGGCAGAGCAAAGAAGGUCAGGAUGAGCCCUGGUACAACCAGAAAACCCAGAAGGAAAAAGAAACUUAUUUGUAUUUGAAGAUGUUUACAGACUUCCUCUCCUUCAUGGUCCUGUUCAACUUCAUAAUCCCCGUGUCCAUGUACGUAACUGUGGAGAUGCAAAAGUUCCUUGGCUCGUUCUUCAUCACCUGGGAUAAAGAUUUCUUCGACCCGGAGAUUCAGGAGGGCGCGCUUGUCAACACUUCGGACCUCAAUGAGGAGCUCGGUCAGGUGGAAUAUGUAUUCACAGACAAAACGGGAACACUUACACAGAAUAACAUGGAGUUCAUUGAGUGUUGUAUAGACGGGUUUCAGUACAGGCACAGAGACGCACGAAGCGAGUUGGACGGCUUUACUGUGACAGACGGACCUGUGAAUAAACUACAUCAGAAAGCUGGAUUGGAGAAGGAGGAGUUGUUCUUGCGGGCUAUGUGUCUGUGCCACACAGUGCAGGUGAAGGAAUCAAGCCCUGUGGAAACUCUUCUUGAUCAGGUGGAUGGUAUCGAUGGGAGGUUGCCUCAGCUUGAGGAAGAAAGAGGCUUUAUUGCGUCCUCACCUGAUGAGGUUGCACUGGUCAAGGGAGCCAUGAGAUAUGGCUUCACCUUCCUGGGUUUGGAGAGUAAGUGCAUGAAGAUAAGAAACAGGCAGAAUGAUGUAGAGGAAUAUGAGUUGCUUCACGUUCUCAACUUUGACCCUGUUCGACGGAGAAUGAGCGUUAUUGUUCGGACCAAAUCAGGGGAGACACUCCUAUUCUGUAAAGGAGCCGAUUCUUCAAUCUUCCCGAGAGUCAAACCAGAGGAGGUGGACAGAAUUCGUCGGCACGUCGAGCGAAACGCAACGGAGGGUUACCGUACACUGUGUGUGGCUUAUAAACAGCUGAGCGCUGAGGAGUACGCAGCGGCAGAUAGUGGACUGAAGACGGCUAGGCUGGCUCUCCAGGACAGGGAAGAGAAACUCAUGGCCAUGUAUAACCAGGUAGAGACGGACAUGAGUCUGAUCGGAGCAACUGCUGUGGAAGACAGGUUACAAGAGGAAGCAGCCGAGACCAUGGAGGCCCUUCAGGGUGCGGGGAUGAAGAUCUGGGUGCUCACAGGAGACAAAAUGGAGACGGCGAAGUCCACCUGCUACGCCUGUCGACUGUUCCAGCGGGGUACAGAGCUGCUGGAGUUGACAGUGCGGACGCUGGAGGAUGGGAGGACGAAGCGCGAAGACAGACUUAUCGAGUUGUUACGGGACUACCACAGAAGAGCAGUGCAGGACGCCCCACCUGUUAAAGAAGGGGUCACUCGGAGUUGGUCUACUGCGAAUCAAGAGUACGGUUUUAUCAUUGACGGAGCCACGCUGACAUUAGUGAUGAACCCGGCCCGUGAUGCGGAUGCCAGUCUCUACAGGAGCCUCUUUCUGCAGAUCUGUCAGAACUGCGCAGCUGUGCUCUGUUGCCGCAUGGCCCCCCUGCAGAAAGCUCAGAUAGUGAAGAUGGUGAAGAACUCCAAAGGUUCCCCCAUCACCCUCUCCAUUGGCGAUGGGGCCAAUGACGUUAGCAUGAUACUGGAGGCACACGUGGGCAUUGGUAUUAAGGGUAAAGAGGGCCGUCAAGCUGUGAGGAACAGCGACUAUGCCUUUCCUAAGCUCAAGCACUUAAAGAAGCUUUUACUGGCUCAUGGACAUCUUUACUAUGUUAGGAUUGCUCAUCUUGUUCAGUACUUCUUUUAUAAGAAUCUUUGCUUCAUCUUACCUCAAUUCCUGUACCAGUUUUUCUGUGGAUACUCUCAGCAACCCCUGUACGACGCAGCCUAUUUGACGAUGUACAACAUCUGCUUCACCUCCAUGCCCAUUCUGGCCUUUAGCCUUCUGGAACAGCACAUAGCCAUGGAGAUUUUGCUGGACAACGCUGCCCUCUACAGAGUAAUAGCCAAGAAUGCAAUGUUACGCUGGCGUCCAUUCCUCUACUGGACAGUAUUAGGAAUCUUUCAGGGUCUUCUGUUUUUUUUCGGUGUCCGUUUUCUGUUCAGCAAUCCAGCACUGCAGGAUAACGGGCAGGUGUUUGGAAAUUGGUCCUUUGGAACGAUUGUAUUCACAGUUCUUGUUUUUACCGUCACUUUGAAGCUGGCUCUGGACACACGUCACUGGACGUGGAUCAAUCAUUUUGUCAUCUGGGGAUCAUUGGCAUUCUAUGUGUUCUUCAGCUUUUUCUGGGGAGGCAUCAUAUGGCCAUUUUUAAAGCAACAGCGGUUGUACUUUGUGUUUGCUAACAUGCUGAGCUCCGUAUCUGCCUGGUUGGUUAUCAUCAUCCUCAUACUCCUCAGUCUCCUGCCGGAAAUACUUUUAGCAGUCCUCCGCAAACCCAGAGGCCCUCAUUCACGACAGAAAAAGCCAGGUCAGUCAAGUUUGGGGGAUGGCCAAUCCUCCCUGCCUUCAGCCAGACCCCUGCUCAUGAGAACCUUUUCAGACGAGUCCAAUACUAUCUUAUGAACAGCUUUCAGAGGAUUCCACAAGUCACAAUGUCAGAUGGCCGCUGUAACACCCCUCUCCUAUAAACAUCUGAAGGAACGCCAAUGAAGGACAUCAGCCAAGGCCAGAACAUCUGCAGGGGCCGCUUUCCCUCCCUCUGCCCGAAUAGAACACGAAAACAGAACCAACUUCUAAUACUCAGACCAGGCUUUGUGUCAUCAGUCGGUCAGCCACGUUGGCCUUCUUUCACCUCAUCUGUGCUGCUGUCUGGAUCCUUCUCAAGCCUCCCAUCCCAGCAUGAUUUCUCAAGAUUUAUACUUGUUUUUUGAAUAAGCGUUCACAGCAUUGAAAAGUGAAACCUUUCUGUACUGCCACACUCAUAUCACCCCUCCUGGGAAGAUUGUAAUGCUGGCUACAUCAUCAGUAGCGCACGACUGCGGGAUGUUAUGACAUGUAGGCUCUUCCUUAUUGACAUGAGCCCAAAAUUCAAAGAAUUCCACUUCCGUCGACAUUCUCUCUUUUAGAUGGUUUCCAUAUUGUCAACGCCCACAGUUGGCCCUUCUGGCAUCAGCUGUCAAGGGUGAUCGCCAUUCCCAAAUCUGUAGUUUAGAGUUUUGUGAUAUGUAGCUGCUUGAGAUCCCUAAAUGUGAGCUCUAAGAUGCUGCACUGAGGGUCUUGACCCUAUGGGUAUAAAAGCUGCCUUUCAACAAGCUGCUGUGUGUAAAAACGCACAGAGUUCUGAAAUAUCUGCGGUGCCAUCAACUCGUGUGAGUGUGUGAGAAAGAAAACGAAAACUAGUUAGAUUUUUCAUAUAUAGUACUGUCGUUUAUUGUUACUUUCUGUUGCAACGGAGAUGAGUUUACAGUUGGAUUACAAAUUUAAGAUUACUACUGUACUAGUGAAAUUACGGUUAUUGUCGCUCGAAGCCAAAAAAAUUGAAGACUUGUGGUGUGUGUUUGCUGUUAGAAAAAAAAACGCACACAGCGAGAUCGAUCUGUAAUGCGAAACUAAUAGCGUAUCGCUGAACGAGUCGGAGUUACAUUUCUGUUCACUGGAAGUGGGCCAUUUUGCACGGUCCUUAGUGACAUUUACGUUGACGUGUCCGCUUUGUUCGCCAGGCCAGUGCUCGGAUACGGAACACCCACGCAUGCACACACUUUACAUCGCUUUGAAUUAAAUUAUUGAAUGGGAUCUGUUUCAGGGGUGGAGUUUGGACUGCUUAAAUAGGAUGUUUGGAUUCGAUGGGUUACGAAACUCAAGUCACGUUUGACGCCUGCUGGUAUAAACUAUUUAGGUGGGCAAACAAUCUUCAUUGAACUCGUGCUUCUGAAUACAUUCCAUUUCUGUGUGCCAUGUUUUCAAUCACUUUUAAGAUUAUAAUUGAUUUUUUGUUCUUGACUAUGUGAUUCUAUUUAUUAUACCGUGUAAUUUUACUCUCAAAUGUUAUAUUUUUGUCAAAGAUAUUUCUUUCUCUUCUUAAAUUAAACAUUGUCAGCUCGUGCCGUUUGAUUUUUGCCUGUGCAAUCCGCUGUUGAACAGAUUGGGUUUCUAUAUCGGGUUAGCCUGAGACAUCCCUGUAGACCAGCAGCUCUUGGCUCCCGUUCACUGAUCAGAGAUCAGUCAGGUAUAUCUCACACUAAUAUCGGGCCGGUCCAAGACCAGAGUCUUGUAUGAAUGAAGCUGAUCCUCGGAUGUCUGCUGUCCCUUUAAUAUGUAUGAUGUAAUCAGUUCUUCUUUGCUUGUAACCCAAAAUGGGUGUAAAGAGUUGAUGUCUGGCAUGUUUUGUUAAUGGGGAUUUUUUAUCAUGUUUCUCCUUAAAAAAAAAACAAUGCCAUAUUAAAAAUACCCCGUUCCAGCUGUCCUAAGUGCAUGUGUAUGUGUGAAUGUGUGUGUGAAUAUCCAAGGGAAAGUGGUGCGUGUUAGACCUUUGACUGUGUCAUGAUGCUAAGCAUCUUAAGUUCAGCUCCCUGUUCAGGGUCUGGCUUAAUCCAGCUGUAUCGCAGCCCCGCGUAACCACCAGGCCUUCUAUUAAUUUCCGAUUACCCCUUGAAUCAGCUUUUUGAAAGAAAAUAUAUGAAAGCUUUAACUUUUUGCUUUGAAUUAGCCAUAUGAUUGAAGUUUGGCUGGUCGGGUUGAUGUUUCAACGCAAACGUAAAUUAAUUUGUCUUUUCCUGUGCAUGGGUGACCACUAAUGCCACCACUGUACUGAACCCCUGGUGAGCACAUACACACUCACACCAAGAUGAUUCGACACAUCGCUGUGUUCGUUCAGAUCGGGAGGGGUAAAUGGUUCUUGCCUGCAAUGUUUGAAAUUUCCAAACAGACCUUUAAAUGACUUCAGAGAUGCUAUUUUCAAAGCUUAUAUUGUAAAUCUUGGAUUCUCAUGUUGCCUGAAUAUGAAAAAAAUAUUUGAUUGUAUUUUUAAUGGAACUUUUGAGCCACUUUUUGUAAGAAAAAGAAAACGUCCAAAAAAUAUCAGGGAAAGGCUGCCUGGUUGUGGAGAGCGAGGAGGAGUUGAGGUGUGUUGCGGGCAGUAACACGGUCAGUUUGGCUCCUUCCAUCAUAUCCCUCAGGCACCAGCUGAUCUGAAUGUACCUCUUAAGACCAGUCUGUUUCAAACUUCUUAAAUAAAUGCUGUUUUGAAGAAGAAAUUUGAGUCUGA